AUGGGUAUUAAAACCACAGCGGUGAACACUAAGCCCCUUGUAGAGAGCCUUCUCGCUCGACUCUAUAAUAAAGCUCAAAGCAGCCACCGGCCCCUGAUUGUCAUCCUGGACAAUUCUUAUCUGAAGAAGAGAGUUGAUCAACCAGCUCACAAGGAAAUAAACCCGUUGAUCACUAGUAGUGGAGAAAUCGGGCAUGCUGAGGCGCCGGAGUUUCACAAAUUGACUAGAAGACCCAGGAUGUCAACCAGACCACCAUCAAACAGACCCUUCAAACACCGAAACAAAUUUCGAGCGACAGAUGCUGCCCAGUCACCAAUUGUCAAAAGUCUCCUACGCAUCUCUAACGAUCUACGAUGUGACGCGAAAGACGACUGCGCCGACGAAUGCAGCAUAAAAUUCAGCGGUGCUAAGAAAAAGAAAUGUGAAUUUACAUGCAAAAUAACAUUUGAAUGUAAACAGGAAUCGGAUUCAUGUAAGGGCGAUGAAUGUAAUCCAAAUUCUUGUCAGUCCGAUAGUUGCGAAACUCAACAGGGUAGCACUAAGGGUUACAUUAUGUCUGAUGAGAAAAAGUGUUAUAAAGGACGUUGUUAA